UUGCCUGACGGACCGAGUACGGGUGCCGGACGGGCUCUCGCGGAAGUCCAUGCGCCAUUGGGAGGGUUGCAGCGGCUUCCUUGUGUCCUUGUUGCCCAGGGACUUUUCCUGGGUCAUUCCUAGAGCCGGAGCCGGACUGGGACUGACCCCGGGCUCCUGCGUAGCCAUCUCAGCGCCUGUGUGACCUCCUCGCUGGAGAGGAGAGAUGUGGCGUCUACGCCGGGCCGCCGUGGCCUGUGAGGUCUGCCAGUCCCUAGUGAAAUAUAGCUCUGGAAUAAAAGGAAGACUACCGCUACAAAAAGUGCAUCUGGUUUCACGAAGUAUUUAUCAUUCACAUCAUCAUCCUACCUUAAAGCUUCAAAGACCCCAACUCAGGACAUCUUUUCAGCAGUUUUCUUCUCUAACUAACCAUCCUCUACAUAGAUUGAAACUUUCUCCAAUUAAAUAUGGCUACCAGCCUCGCAGGAAUUUUUGGCCAGCAAGGUUAGCUGCAAGGCUCUUAAAACUUCGAUAUCUCAUACUGGGAUCUGCUGUCGGGGGUGGCUAUACAGCCAAAAAGACUUUUGAUCAGUGGAAAGAUAUGAUACCAGACCUUAGUGACUAUAAAUGGAUUGUGCCUGACAUUGUUUGGGAGAUUGAUGAGUAUAUCGAUUUAGAGAAAAUUAGAAAAUCCCUUCCUAAUUCAGAGGACCUUUCAAAGUUGGCUCCUGACUUUGACAAGAUUGUUGAAAGUCUCAGCUUAUUGAAGGACUUUUUCACCACAGGUCACAAAUUGGUUAGUGAAGUCAUAGGAGCUUCUGACCUGCUUCUCUUGUUAGGUUCAUCUGGAGAAACAGCAUUUAGAGCAACAGAUCAUGGAUCUGAAAGUGACAAGCAUUAUAGAAAGGGUCUGCUUGGUGAGCUCAUUCUCUUACAACAGCAAAUUCAAGAACACGAAGAAGAAGCACGCAGAGCUGCUGGCCAAUAUAGCACGAGCUAUGCCCAACAGAAGCGCAAGGUGUCAGACAAAGAGAAAAUUGACCAACUUCAAGAAGAACUUCUGCAUACCCAGUUAAAGUACCAGAGAAUCUUGGAACGAUUAGAAAAAGAGAACAAAGAAUUGAGAAAAUUAGUGUUGCAGAAAGAUGACAAAGGCAUCCAUCACAGAAAGCUUAAGAAAUCUUUGAUUGACAUGUAUUCUGAAGUUCUCGAUGUUCUAUCUGAUUAUGAUGCCAGUUAUAAUACACAAGAUCAUCUGCCAAGGGUUGUCGUGGUUGGAGAUCAGAGUGCAGGAAAAACUAGUGUGUUGGAAAUGAUUGCUCAAGCACGAAUAUUCCCGCGAGGAUCUGGGGAGAUGAUGACACGGUCUCCAGUUAAGGUGACUCUGAGUGAAGGUCCUCACCACGUAGCCCUGUUUAAAGAUAGUUCAAGAGAGUUUGAUCUUACCAAAGAGGAAGAUCUUGCAGCAUUAAGACAUGAGAUAGAACUUAGAAUGAGGAAGAAUGUGAAAGAAGGCUGUACUGUUAGCCCCGAGACCAUAUCUCUGAAUGUAAAAGGCCCUGGACUGCAGAGGAUGGUGCUUGUUGACUUGCCAGGUGUGAUUAGUACUGUGACAUCAGGCAUGGCUCCUGACACAAAGGAAACUAUUUUCAGUAUCAGCAAAGCUUAUAUGCAGAAUCCUAAUGCCAUCAUCCUGUGUAUUCAAGAUGGAUCUGUGGAUGCUGAACGCAGCAUUGUUACAGACUUGGUCAGUCAAAUGGAUCCUCAUGGGAAAAGGACCAUAUUUGUUUUGACCAAAGUAGACCUGGCAGAGAAAAAUGUGGCCAGUCCGAGCAGGAUUCAGCAGAUAAUUGAAGGAAAACUCUUCCCAAUGAAAGCUCUGGGUUAUUUUGCUGUUGUAACGGGAAAAGGCAACAGCUCUGAAAGCAUAGAAGCAAUAAGAGAAUAUGAAGAAGAAUUUUUUCAGAAUUCAAAGCUCCUAAAGGCAAGCAUGCUAAAAGCACACCAAGUGACUACAAGAAAUUUAAGCCUUGCUGUAUCGGACUGCUUUUGGAAAAUGGUACGAGAGUCGGUUGAACAACAGGCUGAUAGUUUUAAAGCAACACGUUUUAACCUUGAAACUGAGUGGAAGAAUAACUACCCUCGCCUGCGAGAGCUUGACCGGAAUGAACUAUUUGAAAAAGCUAAAAAUGAGAUCCUCGAUGAAGUUAUCAGUCUGAGCCAGGUUACACCAAAACAUUGGGAGGAGAUCCUUCAGCAAUCUUUGUGGGAAAGAGUGUCAACUCAUGUGAUUGAAAACAUCUAUCUUCCAGCUGCACAGACCAUGAAUUCGGGGACUUUUAACACCACCGUGGAUAUCAAGCUCAAACAGUGGACUGAUAAACAGCUUCCUAAUAAAGCAGUAGAGGUUGCUUGGGAGACACUACAAGAAGAAUUUUCCCGCUUCAUGACAGAACCAAAAGGAAAAGAGCAUGACGACAUAUUUGAUAAACUGAAAGAGGCUGUUAAGGAAGAAAGUAUUAAACGCCACAAGUGGAAUGAUUUUGCAGAGGACAGUUUGAGAGUCAUUCAGCACAAUGCUCUAGAAGACCGGUCCAUCUCUGACAAGCAGCAGUGGGAUGCAGCUAUUUACUUCAUGGAAGAGGCCCUGCAGGCUCGUCUCAAGGAUACUGAAAAUGCAAUUGAAAACAUGGUAGGUCCAGAUUGGAAAAAGAGAUGGUUAUACUGGAAGAAUCGGACCCAAGAACAGUGUGUUCACAAUGAAACCAAGAAUGAACUGGAGAAGAUGUUGAAAUGUAAUGAGGAGCACCCAGCUUAUCUCGCAAGUGAUGAGAUAACUACAGUCCGAAAAAACCUCGAAUCCCGAGGAGUAACAGUAGAUCCAAGCCUGAUUAAGGACACUUGGCACCAAGUUUACAGAAGACAUUUCUUAAAAACAGCUCUAAACCACUGUAACCUUUGUCGAAGAGGCUUUUAUUACUACCAAAGGCAUUUUGUAGAUUCUGAGUUGGAAUGCAAUGAUGUUGUCCUAUUUUGGCGAAUACAGCGCAUGCUUGCAAUCACCGCAAAUACUUUAAGGCAACAACUUACAAACACUGAAGUCAGACGAUUAGAGAAAAACGUUAAAGAAGUGUUGGAAGAUUUUGCUGAAGACAGCGAGAAGAAGGUGAAGCUGCUCACUGGUAAACGGGUUCAGCUGGCUGAAGACCUCAAGAAAGUUAGAGAAAUUCAAGAAAAACUUGAUGCUUUUAUUGAAGCUCUUCAUCAGGAGAAAUAAAUUGUAUUAAAUUCCUACUCAUAAUAUCAUCACCUCAGCAUAUAUCUCUGAAGAAAGAAAACUACAAAGUCUUUUGUCCUGCCUUUUUCCCUCCUGCUAUCACACCUUUCUAACCAUAAAAUAAAGUCAUGGGAUAAAAAUAAUUUAUGUGUGUUAGAGGCACUUUACCCACCGGCUGCCUUUUGAACAGAAGAGCAAGGAAACGGCGUUAACAUCCGAUUCAUGUUGUACUGAGGUGGCAGAUCAGGAUGGUGUGAGUGGUCUGACCGCUAGGUUCAGUCCUAAAGAGAAGAAACUUGCUCUCCUGCUUGUCGUCUCACUUGUGGCAGCACUAAUCCAACUCAUGCGUUAGCCGGUGUCACUCCAUGCCAGGUCCUUGUCCAGAACGGGAAUGCUGGGUGUUCUGAGAUAACACUUGCAGCAGUUUUCUAAAAGCUGUCAAUUGUGUAUGAAGUGAUGGUAACCUACUAAGUUGCUGUCCGUGUCUGUAAUGUUCUCUGUCCAGAAACUCUCUGACCAUUAUAAUUCAGUUUAUAUUCUUCACGUGAAAGAAAACUAGUUAACAAAAGAACCCCUCAUAUGGGGUAAUUUGGAUUACAAUUCCGUGUACAUUCAGUGAAAGAGAUUUCAACGCUUGUUGACAGUUUAGAGAGUUGCCUUAGAAGCUAAGUCACUCACAGCUUACCUAUUUGAUUCCAUUGAUGUUUUUCUGCUCUGUAUCUAUUUGAAAUUCAUUUGUUUUGGAUGUUAAGCUAGGCUUUUUGUUAACAGUGGCUUUUUACCUGUCGACAGAUCUAUUGGUUUGUGACACGGGAUAGGGAAGACUAAGAAUAAUCAAUUGAGUAAUUACAUUUUGACUGUUGUCAAACAUUUCAACUAGGCAACAGGAAAGGGCUUUCUUUCAUAGGCCUAUAUUUUAAAUAGAAAUUAUUUCAGCAAUCAGAAUAAUGUUCACCAUCCCCUGUUAACUGAAUAUUUAAAGAAAAAUACAAAGUUUAAUUUACUGCAGUUCAAUUACAAUAAUACCCUCACAACAUUUUCACGUUUUAUAUAAGUAUUUUUAUUGGCUAAAGGACUUUAAAGCAAACAAAUAUGCCAUUUUUUACUUCAAAUGUUUUACUCAUUUAACUCUGCUCUUUGCUGCCAUUUCAUUAAGCCUUUAUUAUUCUAAUCAAAGUGCCCAUUGUGUAAUAGUUUUUAUUUUAUAGUUUGCAGUUUUCUAGAAAUUAUGUUUUGGUAACAGUUCCCUUGCCACUUGGCGCUUUUCUUUUUUUAAAUUUAACAUCACUACAUCCUUCACUGUGAUCUCUCUCAAGGUCUGACACUUAAUAAGCAAGUUUGAAGCCUAUCACAAAGUAUUUCAGAAACUGAGAGUUCAGUUGGUUUAUGCUAUUUAAUAAAAAAAGCAGACGCAGCUUCCAGCAGCUAGGAGCAGUAGACAUCAUUAUUUGGUGGAUGAAUAGUCAAGGGCACUUCCUGUGUCUGUCAGAUUUGGGGAUGGUGAAGGGACAGAAAGGGGGCCCCCACUGUUCUGUGCCAAGAUUAGGAGGUGACCUCCCUGGCUGACUCCUUCUAACCAGUGCUGGCCAGUGGGGAAACCCCUCCCUGAAGCAGACACUGUGCAACCAUUCAUUCUCUUGUAGCUGUGAAACACAGCCACUUCACACAACUGCAGGUCUGUGUCUGAGUCAGAAAGGAAACAGGACCAUGUUUAUUUCUGUGAGCUCUAGGUAGGAAAAAAAAAUGCCUUCAGCUCUGUGUUCUUUGGUUUCUCCCAGGCAAAAGGCUAGUAUUAUGGAAGUACUUUUGCCACAUCCCUUUGUGUAAAUUUAAGAAAGGGGGGUGGGGUGUCUUUAUUUCUUUGAGAUCAGUAUUUGUGAUUGAAAUAUAUAAAUAGAUGAUAAAAAUGAAUAUUAUUAAAAAUAACUAUAUAGGACUCCAGACAUUUUCCCACCCUCAUCAGUAAUAUGACAUCUCUCAUGGAUGAUAGAUAUUUUCUUUUUUUGCUGAUCUCACACUAAGCAUGCCUGUUUUUUUUUUAAAGCCAGGUACUUAAUUAAAAACAUGUUAAUAAAAGAAAAUAAUAAAAUUCAGAUUCUCAACAGUAAAUCCUUGUGUUGUGUCUGUAGUUCAAAAACUACAAAUGAUUCAAAUUUAAACAAAUCACUUCAGAAAUUCAAUGUACAGAAAUUAAAUUCUAACUAGACCAGGAAUUAUUUGUUUCUCAUGUCAGGAUUAGCAAAGAAUAGCAUGAACAGAGCUCUCUGUGGAAGACUGGACAACUGCAGAGAAAUGAUGUCUGAAAUUCACCGAGCCAGGGCACCGAUGUAGAAAUCGGACUGUGGGGGUGGUGCGCAACGGGACACAAGUCCCCCAGGCUUCACGGCUGAGCGGGUGGGCCUAUGAGGCUGUCUCCCCGUUUCAGUGGCUUGACUGUAUUCUCUCCUCCUAUUAGACCCCUCUUCCGGGCUUUAGUCCAACAGACUCCUUCCCACAAGUAAUUUGUCCUCCAAAUGCCAAUGCGUAGAGUGAAAAAUGAGUAGGGAACAUGGCAGAGAGUGGUGUUUCCUAAACUUACGAUUUGGGAAUGUUAUACCUGAUGGUAAGACUCAGAAUGUAGGUUUAAAAGAUAAAUUCCUUAAUUAGUUUAUAAUUUUAUAUUUAUUUAUUUUAGAUUUAUUUAUCUGUGUAAAGAAAUACAGUAUUUUAGUUUUCUAAUUGAGGGGAUCAAAGUAAUGCUCUUUAUCUCAAUUCUCUAAGCUGGUAUAAGCUGUAGUUUCAGGUACUUGAGCAGUGUGGAAAUGUGCUUAUAAAUAUGCUUACCUGCUGAACAAUCAUGGCUGUGUUUAAAUACUUCAAACAACAUUGUUUUUACUUGUGCACUGUGAGUGAACUUUGUAUUAUUUUUUAAAGCCUUCAUACUACAUGUAGAUGUUAUUGCAAUUUAUCUUUUGCCUGUGCUUGAUUUAAGGUCAUUUGUGUAGAUGAGUAAUUAAAGAUAUUAUCUAAAGAGA